GUACCCUUCGUUGGCGGGGCCUCUACUCGCCAGGGCGCCCGCGAGUGGAACGCCGGCCACCAUGUCCAACCUCGUCGGCCUCCUGGUCCCAGCGGGGCUACUGAGCCUCGCCAUCUUCAUGCACAUCCUCGCGUGCGCGAUGUACAAUAACUGGUGGCCGCUGAUGAGCCUCCUCCUCUAUGCACUUAUGCUGCUGCCGCUGGCGGCGCUCGCGCGGCAGAGCGAGUCACUCUUCGACUCGGCGCCGACGGGGUUCCACUGGGCGAUCUUCCUACUCGCGUCGCUCGUCACGCUGGUGAUCGGUGUGCCGAUCGUCAUGUGGCACGUCGACGUCAUCGAGUCGGGUUCUGUCUUCUUCAACCUCUCGGGCUUUGUGCUGCUGCUCGCCACCGGCGCUUCUGCCGCAUUGUUCGGCGAGAAGCAAAGCGACGGUUGGGGCUGAGCCGCGCCCUGGGGAGUUUGCGCCCCCGUCACCCAGAGCGCCGGAGUGGGUGGUGCGCGCGACGGCCGGGCGGAUGCUGUAUGGACUGUAUCUCGCGGCACCACAGCAGGCGCCGCGAUAUCGCCUCGACCGCGCGGUCUCUCGGGGCGCGCUCUCGGGGCGCGCCCAGGCGCAGGGUGUGUGGGCGGGCGCGCUUUUUUCGGUAAUGAGAGUAGCGAGUGCGAGAGCUGUUCUAAGACGAGGCAGUGCGGUAGUU